AUGGCCUCCAAGAAGAUUGUCGUGCUCAUUUCCGGCAGCGGGUCCAAUUUGCAAGCACUCAUUGACGCCGAGCAAAAGGGCGAGCUCGGCUGCGGCAAGAUCACGCUGGUAGUGAGCAACAAGAAGAACGCCUACGGACUAACGCGCGCGUCCAACGCAUCGAUCCCGACCUUUGUGCAGACGCUGAAGCAGUACAAGGACGCGGGGAAGACGCGCGAAGACUUUGACCAUGACCUGGCUCAGCACAUUGAGAGGACAGAGGCGCCUGACCUGAUUGUACUGGCCGGUUGGAUGCACAUUCUGUCGCCAGCGUUCAUCGACAUGUUCAGGGGCCGGAUCAUCAACCUGCACCCUGCGCUGCCCGGCGAGCUAGACGGUGCGCAUGCAAUUGACAGGGCGUAUGAGGAGUUUAAGGAGGGCAAGAGGUUGAGCACAGGCGUCAUGGUCCACUAUGUCAUACCCGAGGUUGAUAAGGGCAAGCCCAUUAUGACGCAAGUGAUUCCGUGUGUCGAGGGCGAUACGCUGGAAGACUUGGAAAACAGAAUCCAUGCUGCUGAGCACCAGAUUCUGCCAAGGGCAGUCAAGCAGGUCCUUGCGGGCAGCGGCCAGACUCAGUGA